AGCACAACGGCGACGCGCCACGGUUUAGGCAUCAGUGCACACGCGCGCGCUAGCUUGUUGGUAUUCAGUUGCUCGCCGUAAGCACCAUGGCGUCUGGCGGCCCCCGGUCCGUGGCGUCCGGCCUCCUGUUCCUCAACCUCAUCAUGUACGUCGUCGUCGCCGUCAUCGCCGGCUGGGCCAUCAACUACAGCAUCGACGAGAGCAAGAACUCGUUGAAUGGCGUGUCGCCGCCGGUGCGCCUGUUCCCGAUCUACUUCCCGAUCGGCAACCUGGCGACGGGGUUCUUCGUCAUCUUCGCGCUCAUCACGGGCGUCGUCGGCGUCUCCACCUCGCUCACCGGCCUGCACGACGUCAGCCAGGGGCACCCCGCCAGCAUGAUGUCCGCCGCCGCAUCCUCCAUCGUCACCUGGACCCUCACCCUCCUCGCCAUGGGGUUGGCGUGCAAGGAGAUCAGCGUCAGCUGGAGGCCCGCGAGCCUGCGCACCUUGGAGGCGUUCACGAUCAUCCUGGCCGGGACGCAGCUGCUCUGCGUCGGGUCGCUCCACGCCGGCGCGCACGGGGCCAUCGUGCAGACGGUCCUCGGUGGCCGAGUUUGAUUGUUGGCCGGGGCAAGGCCGUUCGCGCCUACGAACUCGUACAAGAACGCGUUACCUUGGCAGCAGUGUGAUUGGUUUGUGAUCGAUGUGUGGCUCUACAUGUGCCGUCUGUGUGCUUCUAGUGAGAUCGUGUGUGUACUCAUUUGUACUGUGUUCCAGUAAAGUGGUCAAUGGUGAUUCUUUUCAUGGAUUUAAACA